CAUCUCCAGAAGUGACAGUGACGUGAUGGGUUACUUGACUGUGGAGGACUUGUAGCUUGUCCGUUUUGCCAGCAAGCACCCAGCCGAAGAUGGUCUCGAAUGCUACUGGCGAGUCAGCUGGUCCCUGCCGCCGGCCUUGCAAUAGUGAAUAUGCACAGACAUCGACGCCAAACAAAAUGUCGAUCCUUCCAGGACAUCCAAAUUCCGAGUCAGAGAGCUCUAGGCCAGAUAAAUGAUUCCAUUUUGAAUUGAAACCCACAGGCUGUGCAGGCAUAUCACAAGUGACCCUCGGGACAACAACUGCAGUGACUGGUAUUCUUUCAUCGGGUGAAAACGUUGGCGAGACGUGGAAUGUGGAAAUUGAAUGCAACGGUGAGUUGUGAGAGAUUCCAGCUAUUCCAGUGAUUUGAAGAUUCUUCGACGACUUUGGUAGCCCAAGUGACUGUACCAAUCGUUGAGAUACAAACGAGGUUGUUGAACCUGAAUCGAGUAGACCACGAGCCUUGACUACAAAGAUUAGGGCCGUUUUUGAUGCAUCCGCCAAAUCUAGUACUGGAGUCUCCCUAAAUGAUACAUUGUUAGUUGGACCAACUGUACAUCCACCGUUGAUUGAUGUAUUACUACAAUUUCGCUUCCAUAGAAUUGCUCUCACGGCCGAUGUGAGCAAAAUGUACAGAGCGGUCGAGCUAACACAAUCUGAUCGUGAUCUCCACCGAUUUGUAUGGCGAAGCACACCCACCGACAAUUUGACAGACUACAGAAUGACAAGAGUCACGUUUGGUGUGUCUGCUUCAUCCUUUGCUGCCAACAUGUCCGUUAAGCAGAACGCUCUCAACCAUGCUACAGAAUACCCCCAGGCCGCAAGAAUUGUUGAAACGUCUUUCUAUGUAGACGACUGCCUCUCGGGAGCUGACUCUGCUGAGGAAGCAAUUAUUCUUCAGCGGCAACUACACAAUCUGUUUACCAAGGGAGGAUUUCUUCUCAGAAAGUGGGACUCGAAUGAUGCAACGGUAUUGGACAGUAUAUCUUCUGAGCUCAGGGAUAGUCAAUCAUCACACUUGCUUCCCACUGACGACGAGUACAAGAAGACCCUUGGUAUCGAGUGGAAUGCAAGUAAAGAUCACUUUCGACUAACUGUGGCCGAUCAACCUCCAAUUGAGACUCUAACCAAACGGGGUCUAGCCUCUGAUGUUGCUAAGACAUAUGACGUGCUCGGGUGGUUUUCUCCUGCUACCAUCAAGAUGAAGAUCUUACUCCAGAAGUUGUGGGAAGAAGGACUCGAAUGGGAUGAUCCAGUUCCUUCAAGUAUCAAGGAUGUAUGGUGCAAGUGGAGAUCUGAACUACCUGAACUUUCCCACAAGUAUAUCCCUCGCUGCUACUUUGACGUAGCCUCUCACAUCUCAUCGAUCCAACUUCACGGGUUCUCCGAUGCCUCAGAAUCCGCAUAUUCUGCUGUUGUGUACCUGCGUCUAACGAACACAUCAAAUUCCAAUCAAAUCUCACUAGUCAUGUCUAAAACCAAAGUGGCACCAAUCAAGCGUCUGUCGAUUCCACGGCUUGAAUUGUGUGGUGCACACUUACUCUCUCAAUUGCUGAGUCAUGUGAAGAAGGUAUUUGACAUUCCCCUUUCCAGCAUACAUGCCUGGACAGAUAGCACGGUGGUACUAAAUUGGCUGGAUGGAAGCCCAAAGCGUUUCAAAACAUACGUGGGAAACCGAAUCUCUGCAAUUCUUGACCUGAUUCCGCCAGACAAGUGAAGACAUGUGAGUGGACUAGAGAAUCCAGCCGACUGUGCCUCUAGAGGUCUCUAUCCCACUGAGUUACUAGACUACGAGCUCUGGUGGAAUGGUCCUGACUGGUUGAAGAAAUCUUCCACCGAAUGGCCUAAGAAAAAUAUGA